AUGAAAUCUACGACUCUGCGAGGGCUUUGCGUGCUCAGCCUCUUAAGCCUGUCGGUCUUGUUUUGGUUCGGACAUGUGAUUAUGCGGGACCGUGCAUCCCCGCGCUUCCGGCGCAUUUUUGGACUUUGGGGGUACGUCAGGAUCCGACUGGACUCAGUGGAACAGUUCUUGGAUCUACACUACAACCAAUGCGCACUAAUCUCCAGUUCUGGCCAGAUGCGCGGGUCUGGUUUAGGCGCUGACAUCGACCAAAUCCCAUGCGUCAUCCGCAUGAACGACGCGCCCACGGCAGGCUACGAGGUGGAUGUGGGCGGACGCACCAGCGUGCGCGUGGUCUCGCACACCAGCGUUCCACGUCUACUCAAGAACCAACACCGCUACUUUCAAGAGGCGGCCGACACGGUGUACGUUUUCUGGGGACCGGAUAGAAACAUGAGGAUGGACGGGAAGGGCGUCGUCUUCAACGCUUUGCGCGGGAUCGUCAGCGAGUAUCCGGAAACGAAGCUCUACGCUAUGACCCGGGAGAAGGUCAAGCUCUGUGACCAAGCUUUUCAGAAUGAAACUGGAAAAAACAGAUUUAAGUCGGGAGCGUACCUGAGCACGGGGUUCUUCGCCAUGACGUUGGCUGUGGAAAUGUGCGACCACGUUCGGGUUUACGGGAUGGUUAACGCCGACCACUGCAGACAGAGCAAUCGCAGCGCGGCUCUCUACCACUACUACGAGCGGGCGGCGGCAGACGAGUGCCUGAUGUACAAGCUCCACGAGCGCAAGCGGCGCGGCGGCCAUCGUUUCAUCACCGAGAAGGCCAUCUACGCCAAGUGGGCCUCGCAGCACAACAUGGAGUUCAGGCACCCCUCAUGGAAUUUGGGACCGCCUCCGUAA